AUGGGCUGUCGGGAUGUCCAUGCAGCCACAGUCCUCUCCUUCCUGUGUGGAAUCGCCUCGGUAGCAGGCCUCUUUGCGGGGACUCUGCUUCCCAACUGGAGGAAAUUACGACUGAUCACAUUCAACAGAAAUGAGAAGAAUCUGACUGUUUACACUGGCCUGUGGGUGAAGUGUGCCCGAUAUGAUGGGAGCAGUGACUGCCUGAUGUAUGACACUACUUGGUACUCAUCAGUUGACCAGCUGGACUUGCGGGUCCUCCAGUUUGCCCUGCCUCUCAGCAUCCUGAUUGCAAUGGGUGCCCUGCUGCUCUGCCUGAUUGGAAUGUGUAACACGGCCUUCAGGUCCUCAGUGCCCAACAUCAAACUGGCCAAGUGUCUGGUCAAUAGUGCAGGCUGCCAUCUGGUGGCUGGGCUGCUGUUCUUCCUGGCAGGUACUGUGAGCCUCUCCCCAUCCAUCUGGGUCAUCUUUUAUAACAUUCAUCUGAACAAGAAAUUUGAGCCAGUCUUUACAUUUGACUACGCAGUGUAUGUCACUAUGGCUAGUGCUGGGGGCCUGUUUAUGACUUCCCUUCUACUGUUUAUUUGGUACUGUGCAUGCAAAUCUUUGCCUUCUCCUUUCUGGCAACCACUGUAUUCCCAUCCUCCCAGUAUGCAUACUUACUCACAGCCCUAUUCAGCACGCUCUCGCCUCUCUGCCAUCGAAAUUGACAUUCCAGUAGUUUCACAUACCACCUAA